AUGGACAAUAGUCAAAUGACACCAGUAAAGUAGCAGCCAAAAAUGCAAUAAUAGGAUGACAAUAUCAAUUCCUUUCAAACUUAAAGCAAUGCUUUGGGGAACAACUUAUUUAAUGGUAUGGCUACCUCAUCCAUUUUUUUAGCUAAUUCAUAAGCUAAUUUGAACCCUUUAACUACAAAAGCUUACAGUAACUUAAAUAAAGUGAAUGAAAACUAAUCAUCUGACACUAUGUUUUACCCAAUCAAUGAUCCAAUAUUUUAACCUACUCCAUCUCCAAAUGUUUAUAUGGAGUAUAAAGCUGGGAAUAACAAUAACCCCUAUCUUAAUUCUUCUUUUAAGACUAAUGGGAUGCUUGCUUCUACCAAGAAACCAUAUAACAAUAACCUAUUCCUCACUCCUAUAAAGGAAGAUGAUAGAAGGAAGCCUGCCUAUAUUAACUCAAUUCUCAAGGAUUCACCAUAUUUUAAUGGCAACAAUAUUUGCAGAAAAUUAAACUUCGAGGAUGAUGUUGAUGAUUUUAGUGGAAAUUGUUUUAACCCUUAAGCAGGAAUUUUUGAAGAAAAAAAGGGUGUAUUUUCUAAUUACAAUAUGAACUACCUGCUGAUGCCUUAAAAUUAGUUUUAUCCAGCGUUUUACAACCCUCAAUUCGACUUUUUGAAUACAAGUAUUAAUAAUAUGGAUUUUCAAGUACUCAAUUAUAAUAAGAGUUUACUGACUCCCUUUGUAAACGAAUCUCCUGAAAGUAAAAAGGGUAAUAAUUACAAUAACCGAAUUGAAACAACUUAGAUUCCCAAAUAAUUUGAAUAAGAAAGCAGCUCAAAAAAAACUUAAAAACCAACAAAAGAAGGAGAUAAAAAUAGUGUCAAUAAUACAGAAUAAACAAUUACUACAGACUACAAUAAUAGCUUUUCUAACUAAAAUAACCAAAAAAAAUUAUAAACUAUUCAAUAAAAUGGAAAUUCACACAUCUAAGCAAAUGCUAGCUCAACAAAUAAUCAAGCAAAUUCAAAUAACACUAUAGCUCCUUAAGCAUCAGUCUUUUCAAGUAAUCAGAAAAAACAAAAAACUUGCAAUUGUAAAAAAACAAAAUGCUUAAAACUUUAUUGCGAUUGUUUUGCAGCAGGCGAAUUAUGUGGUGGUGAGUGUAAUUGUUUUGGAUGUUUUAACACAUCAAAUAGUGAAAAACGUGCUGGAGCUAUUGUAAGCAUUAUGGAUAGAUAACCAGAUGCUUUUGGUCCAAAAGUACAGCAAAACACUCAUAAAAAGGGUUGUAAUUGCACUCGUUCUGGUUGCUUAAAAAAAUACUGUGAGUGCUACACUUUAGGUGUUAAUUGUGGUGAGUAUUGCAAAUGUACCUAGUGUAAAAAUGUUGAUUUAAAUCAUUCAGAAAGAUUAGCACUAUCAAUGAAUGGCAGCAAUGGCAUAGGAAAUAGUGUCGAUUUACCUAAAAAAUCCUCUUCAGAUAAAAGAUAGCAACAGCUAGACGAAAUUGAAACCAAAGCAAGUACCAAAAAGAAAAUCUUUUCGAAUUAAGAAAACAGCAAAUUUGCUUCUAAUAAUUCAUCAUCUAACAAUUCGAAUAAUGAAGAAGAGGAAGAGGAAGAAGAAAAUUAAGAAUUAGAUGAGGAAUUAGAAAUAAAGUAAAAUAGCAGAAUGAAUAAAAACAUGAAAGAAAGAGAAGAUGAUAUUGAUGAUGAAAAUGAAUAAGAAGAAGAGGAAGAGGAAGAAUAAGAAGAAGAAAUCAACUAAGAUAGGUAAAGAUAGAUCAAUGAACAAAUUUCUCCAUCUUAAAAAAUGUACACAACUCCUCUGAAAUAGCCUAUUAAAUAAGAUUCUAGAAGUUUAACAACUGCUGAUACUGCCAAAAAAAACUAAUGCCAAGAAAAUGAUUCAGAAAUAAAGAACAGAAUAGUUAAAUUAAAGAUUAGUGAGAGCCAGUCUACUAAGAAAUAGCAACCAAAUAAAUCAGAAAAUCAAAAUAACCAUGAGCAUCAAAUUGAUUAGGAAGAUCAUAGUGCUAUUAAAACUUAAACACAAUUUUCGACUAUAAAAAAUAAAUCUUAAAUAGCUAAAACCACUAAAAUUAGUUGA